AUGGCACAAAAUGAUGAGAUACUGGGAGCCAGCAAGUCUGUGCAACUGAAGGCUGAGUGGUUGCUCGCGGGGACAUACCUCGACUAUGGCCAGCCAGGGAAGGCAGUGGAGCUCUUCCGUCACUUGAUGGCAACCUUGAAAGAAACUUUCGCCUUGAGCGAUUCAAAGGUGCUUGACUGCAAGUGGGAGCUCGCGUGGGCAUACAGAGCCAAUGGACAAACGAAUAAAGCAGUACAGGAGCUUGAGGAGUUGGCAGAGGUUGUAGAGGAGCUUCAUUUGGAAGAUACAGUCUCACGGUUGCUGACAAGACGAGCCCUUGGGCAGGCGUAUCUGGAUAAUGGUCAAUCAAUGGAAGCGGUUGACACCUUUGAGAGAGUGGCGGCAACAAGUGCGAGGGCGAACGACCCGCGAUUGCCCUUGGCGGAUGUAUACGAGGAACUUUCGAUCGCAUACGAAGCUAGUGGGCGUUUGGAUGAGGCUGUCUGUAUCGAUCUGCUUCGAUAA